AUGCUUCUCUACGCGCCUCAGAUCACUACUUCACCGGACGAGCGGACGUACUACAACUUCUCCAACAUCCGGUACGCAGCCCCUCCAGUCGACGCACUACGGUUCCAGCUGCCCCAAGAUGCCGUCAACAACCGCUCGGCCGGCGUCCAGGAUGGCACCUAUGGCAAGAUCUGCCCCCAGUCGUACACUCCCUGGCAGAACACCAAGCUUGUGACCGCGCCUCCGGGCGAGCUGGAGAGCGAGGAUUGUCUGUUUCCCGACGUUGUGGUCCCGGAUCAAGUUUGGAAUCAACGUCGCACCUGCUCCAGGCCCGUCAUGGUUUGGAUUCACGGUGGUGGAUUUCAAAUCGGUGCAAAAUGGGGUGGACCCAUGACGAACCCUCUGGGUCUGCAAGAUCGCAGUUUCGAUGAGGACGGAGAGGGUGUGAUUUGGGUUGGGUUGAACUACCGACUCGGAGCUCUGGGUUGGCUCCAGGGCGAAUCAUUCACUUCAGCUGGGGGAGUGCCCAAUGUCGGAUUCCAAGACCAGCGCAAGGAGCUUGAGUGGGUGCAAAACUACAUCCACCUCUUUGGCGGAGACGCAUCUCGCGUCGCGGUCAUGGGGGAAUCCGCUGGAGGCGGCUCCAUCCUCCACCACCUCACCGCACACGGGGGCAAGGAGGACGCUCCGCAAUUCCAACAGGCCAUCCUGAAAUCCCCAGCCUAUGUGCCGCGACCCUAUGCCUCGCAGGCUGAGGACUCAUUAUCCGUCUUCCUCAAGACCGCAAACGUCUCGAGCCUAGCGGACCUCGUGGAACUCGACACAUACGACCUCCAGAUCGCAAACAAGCUCUCGCAGGCGUCAGACUUCUACGGCACGUUCCAGUUCGGGCCCGCACCCGACGGGUCGUACGUCCCAGACCUGCCCGAGAGGCUGCUCGCGAGCGGGCAGUACCACAAGGGCGUCAAGGUGAUGGUCGCGCACAACACCUUCGAGGGCCAAAAGUACACGGACCCGUCCGUGACCAACUCGUCGGCCUUCGACGCCUACAUGAGGCUCUACUUACCCGAGAUGCCCGACGCCGUCCUCAAGGAGCUGUCAACCGAGGUGUAUCCGGCAGUAUACAACGACACAACCUCCUUCCCGUGGGCGACCCCCUUCGACCGGCUCAUGACCGCCGUCGCGGAUUUCACCUUCACGUGCCACGCAUACUUCACCGGCGAGGCUCUAGGCGUCGAGAACGGAGGUGUCUCCGCUUACUCGUACCUAUUCAGCGUGCCGCCCGGGACGCACACGCUCGACGUCAACUACUCGUUCUAUGUCAACAGCACGUGGAGCACCCUCGUGACGAACGCGACCCUGGCGGGCAUCCUGCAGGGGUAUCUCACGACGUUCGCGGAGACUGGGGAUCCAAACCGCGAGGGACUGCCCGCGUUUCCUGUUUACGGCGAAGAAUUUUUUGACCUGAACCUGAAUGCGACGUUUGUGGACGUGGUGAAGGACCCGGCUGCUAAUUCUAGGUGUGAUUGGUGGAGGGAGGCUUCAUAUGCUUGA